AUGUUGGUUUCAAAUUCCGUUCACUCUACUCGGUCGAGAUCCAACACCCCCACCUCUACUACUGCCCCGCCAGGCUCUUCUGCUCGGCAUGAUGUAGCUUACAACUCUUCGCGCACUUCCUCCGAUACACGUCCGCCUUCCAUGACGUCCAAUAAUGCCUUUCCUCCCUAUUCAAAUACAACGGAAUACCCGGAGUCCAUGGGGAACUCCUUUUCAAAUCAAAGAGCACCGGAUUCGCCACGAUUAGAACCAACAUAUAGGUCAAUGCAGUCCGUACCGGGAUCGGAAGCGAGUUCACCAAGCCGCAUUCGAGUCCAAAGUCUAUCCCACAUCCAAAGCCUCGCCAGCGAAGACCUCGUGGGUUCGCGUACGCAUACGCCAACCGGGUCGCGACAAUAUGAGAUUAGCUCCAUGCCGGUCACGGAGAUCAUCGAGAUGGUCGCUGGCCUUUUGACCAAGAUCACCACCACGAACGACACCCACCACGAACACGUCCAUCGCCACAUCCCUCCCCCCGAUGGAACCUCACAUCUCAGCCCCCAAGCAACCAGUGUCCUCGCCUUCCACGGCAAAAACGUCCCCAGCAUAACUAUCCUGAGCUACCUCACCCGCAUCCACAAAUAUUGCCCAACAACCUACGAAGUCUUCCUCAGUCUACUGGUCUACUUCGACCGCAUGACCGAACUCGUCAACACCCGCCAAAUCGACCACCUACACACCCGUUGGGACUCGGAGGAAUCAGACCCGGACUCCUCGGCCCGCUACAUGGACGACUCUCACAUGCACGACUCCCCCAUGGCAACACCACCCUCCUCGACAGGCUUCACUGCGCAGGACCCGCAGGGCACGUCCUCUCUCUCUCCCAGCCUCUCCACGCUCUCCCCUGAGUCCGACGCCGAAGCCCUCUCCCACUUCUUCGUCGUCGACAGCUUCAAUAUCCACCGUCUGGUCAUCGCAGGCGUGACCUGCGCCAGCAAAUUCUUCUCCGAUGUUUUCUACACCAAUUCCCGAUACGCAAAGGUUGGCGGCCUUCCCUUAGUGGAGCUUAACCACCUGGAACUCCAGUUCCUCUUACUGAACGACUUCCGGCUAGCCAUAUCCGUGGAAGAACUAGAGUCCUACGGUACAAUGCUUGUAGAGUUCUACGCGCGAGAGGUCGUCGCUCAGCAGCAGCACAGUCUCCCGCGCCCGAUCGAGCCCGCACCGGACGCUUACCCAGAUGCCAUGUAUAUGCGAUCUCGCGACAAGCCUCGUGACCACGCGGAAAUCGGACAAACGCCGACUCCACCGUAG